GACCUGGAGUCCAAGGAGAGAGAAGAGAAUUGGGUGUUUCUAUUGCUAAGAAUAAGAAGAUGGAUUGAAGUGAUUGGGACGCCAAGGGUGAUGGUCUUCCUGUACUUGGUAUAGGGAAUCAGGGAAGGGCAGGGCUGGCAACCUGUGAUGAGUUUUGAGCCAGGACACCUGGAUCAGGAAGGGGCCCAGAGUUCAAGGAAAGGUGCCAGGGUGGGGAGACACCCAGCUUCCUCUGGGACAUUCAAGUGGCACCUGUUGGCACAGAUAGAAUUAGGAAGGAGGGUGGAAUGUGGAGAUUUAUUGUCUUCAAACCACUGGCCCAGCCUGUUUCUGCAGUCCCCCACCCCAUGAGCAGGAUAAAGGUCUGGCAGUCCUGGGGCUGAGGGAGAUUCUAGAGCUGAGCACGAUGCAGGGCCGCAUGGCUGGGAGCUGGGCUCUGUUGGGCCUGCUAUUAUUCUGUCUUCAUCUCCAAGGUCUCUUUGCCCGAAGCAUCAAUGCAGUGGAGGAGAAAGUUCCCCUGGACUUGGGGACCAACUUACCUCUGCUUGGACAACCUUCCUUGGCCAGGUCCUCUGACUCUGAACAUCCGAAGCCCAAGCCAGAUGCUGGGUCUAAUGGCUUAGCAAGGAGUCCUCUGAAGCCGAGGAUGUCUCUGUAUGAUGGCUCCCAGGCUGCACGAGGUUCUGGGGUGCAGAAGUGGCUGCCACCGGAGGGGCUGCCCUCUGUGGACUCCUGGCCCCCUGAGGGUCCUUGGCCUGUGAUGGCUGCUGCGGUUGAGGACCAUCCCGGGGACUUGUUGCCAGAAGGACUAUCCUACCUUGCUAGUGCUGUUGCCCUCCCUCUGGGCAGUGGCCUUUUGCCUGAAGGUUCUUCUGCACACUUUGCAGGUGUCCCCCCUGAUGCUUCCCUCCUCCACCAGGACCCUGAGCUUAGACGGCCACCCCAUCCUAGUCCACUGGGAGCCCAGGGGGAAAUCCCUGUCCUACGCCCACUCUGUGCUCUCAUCAACAGAAUCCGUCAGUCACUGCUGCCUAGUCACCCCUGGGGGACCCUGAAUCCUUGUGUGUCCUGGGGAGGUGGACGUCCUGGAACUGGCUGGGGGACAAAGCCCAUGCCACCAUCCCAUGCAGGAAGCUGGGGAAUCAACAAUCAAUUCCCAGGUUCUAGCUGGGGGAAUAGCAAUAGGUAUCCAGGUGGCAGCUGGGGGAAUAGUAAUCAAUAUCCAGGAGGCAGCUGGGGGAAUAUCAAUCGGUAUCCGGGGGCUACCUGGGGGAAUAUUCGUCUACCCCCAGGGAGCAAUACUCAACUCCCUCCCAGAAUUCUCCGCCCUCCUGGCUCUUCUUGGAAUAUUCCAGCUGGCUUCCCCAAUUCUCAAGAUCCUCGGUCACAGUGGGGUUAGGAGUGUGAUGGGGUGGGGAGGGGAACCCUAAACUGGAAGUCACAGAAGGGAGUCCUGCCCCCUGCCCUUGCAGUAUGAACCUCAUUAAGAUUCUAUCAGCCCGUCUCCCAGCGUUACCCCGACUUCUCACUGCCUCCCCUGCCCCUCUGCACAGAUCAACAAUAAAACACAAGUGGUUAUGGAAUCGGCUUCUCUCAGUGUCUUUUUUUCUGGCCAUAAACUGAAGUGGGUUUUAUCCUUUCUUGCCAUGUUCAGUCCCUCUUUGGUCCCCUCCAGAUGCUCUCCUCCCGUCCCCCGCAUUCUUUGCAAAAGAUUAAGGCCCAGGUGUUUGAGGGUGGAGCCUCAUUGUCUCACUCUGGUGGAGUGGGAGAGCCAACUCUGGAAUUGUCCUGGAACCUGAAGAAGGGAGGAGGGGAGGCAGGACUAAUUGAGGUGGCACCUGUGGCAGAAAGAGGGCUGAGUCCAGGAAGUUAGUUCCAGGGCCAGGAAGGGACUGGACACUCUUUGAACACCCUUCAAUUCCCAGAGACACAGGGAGUCAGAGAAAGCUGUAUUGUUGAUGCUUAGCUUUUCAGCUCUGGGAAGUUCUUGGAAGUGGGUCUUCUCCCUUACACACAUCAGUUAGCACAUUGUGCCCCAAAGAGCCGCAGUCUUUGAACACUUAUUGAAUAAAUAGUGGGCCUUGAUAAAGGAAGAAAAGAAAGUGAGAGGGGAGAGGGAGAGAAAAACUUUGGAGCCAAGAAUCCCACCUGCAGUGGCAUUUGAUGCUUUUGUUCCCAAGCGAUGACACUUUCUCUUGCCUUAGUCACACUGUGGUCUCCAUGCCCUCCCUUUGCAAUUCCCAGGAUCCCUUACAGGAGUUGGAGGGAGGGGAGGGUCACUCUAAGAAAGUGCGGAUGGAGUUGACAGGAGCUGGAUGGAGAUGGUGAGGCUUCCAGGUCACGCCUCUGGAGGAGGUCUGUAUUCUCUUCCCCAACCGUACACUUUACCCUAGGGGUCCAGGUGUGUGCACCCUCCUCACAGCCUGUGGAAUACCCCAGGUCCUAGGAAUUGGGCCUGUUGGAGGGAAGGAAGGCAGGGGGAAGAUAAUAUACCAGCACCAGAAGUGUUUUCAGAACAUUCUCCUCUCCCAGUGUCUGUCAGGAUCCCCACCCUGCAUGGAGAAUUCCCUCUCGGGGUGCCUUCCCCACCAGCCCACCUUUAUCACCACCACACUCCCUCCUUUAUCCCCUCAGCCUCUUUACUCAAUUCUUUUCCCACCUUGGGCUUCCUUGGUUUGCUUGGUUUCUUCUGGUGGUUAAGGCCGGCUGGCCUGUUGACAGUGCCUGUCUCUGUCACAAGCCCGAGUUCAUUCUCUCAGACUGGUUGGCUCAUCCCUCUUCUGCCCCUCUUUCUGGUUGCCCCCCUCUCUAUUGUUGUUAGUUGCCAUCUAGUCUGCUCUGAUUCACGGUGACCCCAGGUACAACAGAACCAGACGUUGCCCUGUCCUGGGCCAU